AUGCCUGCCGGAAUUGAUCAGGUGCGGCUCGAGAAAGCACUUAAUACAAAAAAGCAUGUCGACAAAACGGAAGAAGCGCUUUACCGAACAUUACUAGAUUAUUCGGCUUACGAGAAGGAUGUGAGGCCAUGUCAUCAUCAUAAAGAAUCAACAAAUGUCACAUUUGGAUUUUUAUUGAAUCAAAUAGUCGAAAUGGAUGAGAGAAACCAAGCUCUAACCACUCGCAGUUGGCUCAAUAUCAAUUGGAUGGAUCCAAGGCUAUCAUGGAAUGAGACACUUUGGUCCGAUAUUAAAGCAAUAUAUGUUCCACAUAACCGAAUAUGGAAGCCAGAUAUCAUUCUGGUCAACAACGCAAUCCGUGAAUAUCAUGCUUCCUUGGUCUCCACUGACGUCAUGGUUACUAGUGAUGGCAAUGUUACUUGGCUAUUUUCUGCGCUAUUCCGUAGCUCAUGCCCUAUUAGGGUCCGAUAUUAUCCAUUCGACGAUCAGCUAUGUGAAUUAAAAUUCGCUUCUUGGUCCCACGACCUGACCGAAAUAAAUCUUGGCUUGAACACCGAUAAAGGGGACCUUUCGAGCUAUAUGAACAAUAGUGAAUUCGAUCUAGUCGACAUGACCGCGGAAAGAAAAGUUAUCACAUUUCCCUCGGAUUACAACAGCCUGUGGCCAACCAUUGUCAUUCGGAUACAUAUGCACAGGCGUCCAUUAUUCUACGUUUUUAACCAUAUCAUUCCAUGCGUUUUAAUCUCAUCUAUGGCCGUCCUCGGAUUUUUAAUGCCGCCGGAAACUGGCGAGAAAAUCAACAUGAUUAUUACUACUUUAUUGUCCAUGGGUGUUUAUUUGCAAUCAAUUACUGAAUCGAUUCCGCCGACUUCCGAAGGAGUCCCAUUAAUUGGAAUGUACUAUGUGUCCUCAUUGCUGAUGGUCUGCUUGGCGACAUGCGUCAACGUUAUUACAUUGAACAUGCAUCGCAAUGGAGCCGCGAACCAAGGAAGGCAUGUGCCAACAUGGAUGCAGAAAUGGAUUCUCGGCUACCUAGCAACGUUGAUGAGAAUGUCGAUUAGAGAACCGGAUAGUAUAGCCCUUCUCAAAGCAUCACAGAGCAAGAAGUCGACAAUCCGACGGAGUUCGAUACUUCGCGAUUUGAAGCGUGUCAAAAAUAUGUCAAAUCUUCGAAGCAAAGAGAAAGAUUCGAACAGCGCGAAUAGGGUUGAAUGCGAGUGCAUGGACCCUUUAGCACACAUUUAUGCUGAAACAAUGUACCGCCCCUAUUUGAUACCAACAUCGAAUGGAAACGCAAAUAGUGAUUUAUCGAGUGAAAGUGCAUUAUUGGGAAAGGUUGUAAGCGAAGGGAUAAUGCCGAGAAUUACAACAUCCACAGACGAAGCCAUGUCAGAGUUUGAAAAUCGAUUUCGCCGGAUUUUAAAAAGGGUUUAUCGAAGUUUACAACAAUAUGAAAUAAGAGAAGAAAUCCUCGACGAGCGAUCACGCAUCCAGUGGCAAUGGCAGCAGCUAGCUACCGUUGUUGAUCGAUUACUAUUAUGUUUAUUCUGCAGCGCGACACUUCUAACAAUUGUCUGUCUUCUAAUUGUUCCCGUUGCCUACCGUGAUCAUGAUUCAAUUCUUUCAAUUUUCAAUAUUUUUUAA